AUGGGUGCGGUGUCCCAUCCCCAGGAGACUAUCCUGGCACAGUCCAAUGUCAAUAUCCACUCCCUGGAUACCUUGAAUAUCCGUCUAGAGAUAAGCAACGGCCACAACAAAUAUCCAGCAAAACAACAUGCUCGCAAAGUCGCUGCGAAACUGGGAGCUACCUCCGGCCUGAUAUAUCUUGCCGGUGAGCCCACCGUCAACUGGGGUGAUUCAGACCAAGUACGCCCGUUUCGCCAAAGACGGUACUUUUACUACCUUAGUGGUGUAAACGAAGCGGAUUGCUAUCUGACUUACGAUAUCGAGACGGACCUCUUGACGCUAUAUGUCCCGAACUUCGACCUGCAUCAGGCAGUAUGGAUGGGGCCUACCGUCACUAAGGAGGAAGCAGAGGCGCGAUACGACGUACACCGGGUGUGUUAUUUUGCUUCAUUGCGGGGGGAUCUUCAACAAUGGGCAACCCAAUACAAUAAGUCGAGUCCCAUCUAUAUCCUACACGAGUCACAGAAACCCGUCAUCCCGUCUGCUGAGAAUCUGUUGCUGAACUCAAAGCAGCUGCAGCCUGCGAUGGACGCGGCCCGGGGCGUGAAGGAUCACCAUGAAAUCCAGUUGAUCCGCGAAGCGAAUCGGGUAUCUGGUCUGGCUCAUCGCAAAAUUCUCGAGACUAUCCAUGAGAUGACCAACGAGGCGGAAAUUGAAGGUUCGUUCUUGGAUACCUGCGUCUCCCAUGGUGCAAAGAACCAGGCAUACGAGAUUAUUGCCGGGUCUGGUGAAAAUGCAGCUGUUCUUCACUAUGUCAGGAACGAUGAGCCGCUCCAAGGACGGCAGUUGGUGUGUUUGGAUGCUGGCGCUGAAUGGGAUUGCUAUGCCAGCGACGUGACGCGGACAUUCCCUCUGACGACGACUGGCGAUUGGCCCAGCGACCAAGCCAGGGACAUCUACCAUCUGGUAGAAGUGAUGCAAGAAGAAUGCAUCAAACGCAUCAAGCCGGGUGUCUGUUUCUUAGAUUUGCAUGUGCUGGCACAUGGUAUUAUGAUCCAAGGGUUACAGAGGCUGGGCAUCCUUCGACACGGGUCUGUGGAGGAAAUUCGCCAAUCGGGGGCGUCUGCUGUGUUUCUGCCACACGGGCUAGGACAUCACCUUGGGCUGGAAGUCCAUGACGUGUCGGAGCGGUCACUGAUGGCACGCGGUGACAGUGGAUUCUACGCGUCGGUCCUUGUUUCGUCCCUGACCCAUCCGCCGUGCACGCUGACCGCCCCGGGAUUGGAGGAAGGAAUGGUGGUGACAGUUGAACCGGGUAUCUACUUUUCUCGGCUGGCACUUGACAACGCGCGAAAGCAGAGACAGCUGGCGCGGUAUAUCAACCUGGAGGAGGCGGAAAAGUACAUAUCGGUUGGCGGUGUGCGCAUCGAGGACGACAUUUUAGUGACAGGAACGGGGUAUGAGAAUCUCACGACGGCGCCCAAGGGAAGAGAGAUGCUAGAGAUUCUCCGGGGCCGGAUCGACCACUAG